CUCUCUCUCUCUCUUCUCCUCCUCCUCCUCCUCCAGUUGUUACACUGAGCCCGUUAUAUACGCGCAGUUUGAGGAGAGUGAACUUUGGGGAGAGUUGCAUCGCCUUGAGGAACUAUGGGGGACAUCGAGGCUCCCGACUCUCGGCCGCCGCCGCCCCAGAACGCCCUGCUCUCGGUUCUGCCGAGUAAGGAGUUCGCCUCCUCCAAGAAAGGAAUGCUGCUCCUCGCUGAAGUGGCUCUCUCCUUCAUCUCGUUCGUGUGUUUCGCGGCGUCCGAGGCGGCGGCCUUCGUCACCGUGCCGCUGCUGGAGUUCCUGGCCGCUCUCUUCUUGUUGUUUGCCUACUCCACCAAAUUCAACGAGAGGUUCAAGGGCUUCCUCUGGCCUCUGAUGGAUUUCAUGAGAUGUGUCACCGCCUCUGUCAUCUUCUUCAUCGUCUCAAUAAUGGCGGUCUCCAAAUAUGUGGACGGGUCCUCGAAGGCAGCAGGGGUGUUUGGGUUCAUCGCCACCAUCGUGUUCGCUUUAGAUUUUUACCUCAUCUUCAAUGAGCUCGCUACUUUCUUAAAGCAGGGGGGGGAGACCACAGAGGAGCCGUCAAGGCAGCAAGGGGGCAGUGAAUAUGAACCAACCCUUUACACAGCAAAGUUAACUGCACCACUUCAGGGAAAUAAAACGUAUGAGUUUUCAGACUCUGACUCCGACUGAGACCUGGAGGGAUCUUCACCAGCGGAUACUCUUACAACAAGUCAACCUGUGCAGUAGAAAUGUCCGCUGCUGUGCUGAAAUCUGUCUCGUGGAGCCUUGAGGUUAUGUUAUUAGUGGGGGUGCAGUAGAAAUCCCAUCUACACACAGACUGUGUCCUGGUUCCUCUCAUCUGGGAUUCACUGAUCGGUCCUCGUGGGUCAAACGUGUUUAAAGGGGAGGAACAGGAUCCUGUACGUUGUUCUGUUUAGUUCAUAAUUCACUGCUAAUUAGAAGUAAUUUGAAAAACAGUCAUUUUCUGUGUCUCCGUCGAUUUUGGUAAAAUAUGAAAUGUCUUUAUCGACCUGAUUCUUCAGUUACCAUAAAGCUGUGAACUUGUUUGGUGUCAUUAUACUGAAUUGUUAGAAGCUGUGGUUGUAUCCACGUGUGAGGUCAUUCAGUCUAGACCGGAAAUUGUGACUGAUAUUGACCUUCGAGUCUGUAGUGUGACCUUGAUUACACACAUCUUUAACACUAAAUUAAUGUCCUUAGUGAAUUAUUGUUUAUGAAUGGCAUCUUAAGUAAGAAAGGAGGCCUACACUCACCUGUCAGUUUAUUAGGUACACCCCACUAAAGCUAGGGAAAGUGUUUCUGCUAUUCUGUCGGCAUUUAUAUCUACAAGGGUCGGCUAAAUAAUGGUAACAGCACUCGAAUUACAACGUCCAAAAGAUCUAACAGUUCAAUCAACUCGAAUACAGUUUGACACACUUACAAAUAGACUCAUUGUCCUGUGGUUAAAUGCUAACCAGUGCAGUUUCAGUCAAACAGGUGCAUGCAUGUGGCCAACCUGAAAACAUAAUGGUUCCACCCGUGCAUCCACCGGCUGUCGCUGGCACGGAGGCACUUUGAAUUUGUCGGUUGUAUCAGCGUGCAUUAGUUCUAGCUUGGUGUACCUAAUAAAUUGUCGGUAAGAAGGGUGUACUCAGCAUUUACAGAUUACUAUAAGAAAUUGUACAGAAUAUAGACAGGCUAGUGGGUGGCAGGUUGGCUGGUUUCAACCUCUGUCCAGUCGUCUCAGAUCGACAGGAGUGAUUUGUUCAGAAUUUCAGAAUAAUUUUUCUAUUCCUUUUAAAUUUGACUUUUGAAUGAACAGAGUUCCUGUUCCCUCUGCGGGUCACUGCAUUGCAAAUCUAUUCAGUGAACACAAAGUUGGAGAGCCUUUUCAGCUUGUCUGCUGUAUGUGUGUUAAUAAUGCAUUGGAGCCCCUUAAUGCAGUAUUAUUUUCUUUAAUGCUAAAUGUCAAAUAUGUGAAUCGUUAUUUCCAGUUUCUGCUUGUUUGUCUGAUUCUUCAGUUCCUCCACUGCCACUAUUGAGAAAUCAGAUGCACUAGAAAUGCCACAGCGACUGUUUAUGUAAAACACAUCUCCAUUAAAUGAGUGUUGUAAAACAGAAAUGAAAGAAGUUUGAUUUAAAAUUGCCGUCAGUGACCUCUCCUUUCCAUUUGGGAUUUAAACUGAUGUGGGAAAGUUGAGCUUCGAUAGUGAUUGUUCACCAUUGUGCCUUAUAUGGGAGAGUUUGGUUUGUUGGGAAAGUAAAACUGGUUCCAUUUAUAUUAAAAUUCUGCUUUAAUGGUGUCCUGGAAGAAAUAUACAGAAUUUUACAUGAAUGAUUUUGGUCUAAAAUGAAAAAAAUAAACCAAAAUCCACGCCAUAUGCAAAAGAACCAGACCAGAACUGAUGCUAAACAGUGUUUGAUGUUAUUCACGGUGUUAUCACUGUCCUGUAAAAAAAAAAAAAUCCUUCACCUUAUCACAACAAAACUUGUGUGUACACAAUUGAGUUAUUAUCUCACUGUGUAGACACAGUUUCAACACAGGGUCAUUUUCGGGCACCUUGCUGAACAAUUGUCGGUGAAAUAUAAAGUGUGUGUUUUUUUUUACUAUUAUGCUCUUUUGUCUUUUGUGAAAAAAAAUUCUGAAUAAAAACUGAGCAUUUUUCAACAAGGUC